AUGACAGCAAAAGACUUCCACGAGGUCCACGACGACGAAAAGGUCGGCGACAUUGAGCGCGCCGCCGGCUCCCAAACCGAAGAUGGAUCGCCCACGACCACCAGCAGCGACUCGGUAACCAUCCGCAGCAACCCCGACGCGACGAACAUCAAGGCGGAAGAACAAGAACUCUCCCACGACGCCACUGCCGCAACAGCGACAACAGGCCAUGUGACGGGCCCCAGCGACACCAAAGAGGCCGCGCCCGAAACACAAGCCACGGCAGCGGCGCAAGGGCCACCACCGGCAGCGGCGGCCGGCGCCGAAGACACGCCCGAGGCCGGCCGCACGAAGCUCGAGACAACGCUCAUCGUGCUCUCGCUCUGCGCGGCGCUGUUCCUGGCGGCGCUGGACGUUACGAUUAUCACGACCGCCGUGCCGACCAUUGCGGAGGAGUUUAAUAGCAAUAUCGGAUACAUCUGGAUCGGCUCGGCGUACCUUCUCAGCAAUGCGGCUUUCGUGCCGACGUGGGGCAAGAUUUCUGAUAUCUGGGGCCGGAAGCCCAUUCUGCUGUGCGCUGUUGGUGUGUUUUGGGUUGGGUCGUUGAUUUGUGGGUUGUCUACGAGCAUGGGCAUGCUCAUCGGCGCCCGCGCGAUCCAGGGCAUAGGCGGCGGCGGCAUCAUCGUCCUCGUCAAUAUCUGCGUAAGCGACCUCUUCUCGAUGCGCCAGCGCGGCGUCUAUUUCGGCGUCAUGGGCAUGGUCUGGGCCGUCUCGAGCGCCAUCGGCCCCGUCCUCGGCGGCGUCUUCACGAGCAAGGCCACCUGGCGGUGGUGCUUCUACGUCAACCUGCCCAUCUCGGGCGUCGGCUUCAUCGUGCUCUUCUUCGUCCUCAAGCUGCACAACCCGCGGACGCCCGUCGCGCAGGGCCUGAAGGCGAUCGACUGGGUCGGCACGCUGACCAUCAUCGGCGGCACGCUCAUGUUCCUGUUCGGACUCGAGUUUGGCGGCGUUCAGUACCCGUGGAGCUCGCCUACUGUCAUCUGUCUGAUCGUGUUUGGCAUCGUCACGAUUGGCAUCUUCGCAGUCAACGAAUGGAAGUAUGCGCGGUACCCCGUCAUCCCGAUGCACCUCUUCCGCAGCUGGUCCAACAUGGCCGCCUUCGCCACGGCCUUCUGCCACGCCUUCGCCUUCAUCUCGGGCAGCUACUGGCUGCCGCUCUACUUCCAGGGCGUGCAGGGCGUCUCCUCCCUCCUCUCGGGCGUCUACCUACUCCCCUACGUCCUCUCGCUGUCCCUCAUGUCCGCCGUCGCGGGCGUGCUGAUCCGCAAGACGGGCAACUACGUCUACCUCAUCGUCGGCGGCAUGCUCGUCACGACGGUCGGGUUCGGGCUGUUCCACGACCUACCGCUCGACCGCAACUUUACAAAGAUUAUCCUGUACCAGAUCGUCGCGGGGCUCGGUAUUGGGCCCAACUUCCAGAGCCCGCUGAUUGCGGUGCAGACGUCGGUGGAGCCGCGCGAUAUCGCGGCCGCGACGUCGGCGUUUGGGUUCAUCAGGCAGAUGGGCACGUCGAUUUCUGUGGUUAUUGGUGGCGUGGUGUUUAAUAAUGAGAUGCAGAGGCAGUACCCGCGGCUGAGGGAGGAACUUGGCCCUGAGCUGGCGAAUAUGCUCUCUGGUUCGAGCGCCGCGUCCAGCGUGGGCGUGGUGGCGGAUUUGCAGGGGGAGCAAGGGCAGAUUGCGCGCGGGGCAUAUCUGAGUUCUCUGAGGACGAUGUAUAUCGUCUAUGUUGCGUUUGCCGGGCUCGGGCUCGUUCUGAGUUUGUUUGUGAGACAGGUGCAGUUGAGUAAGAAGCAUACGGAGCAUAAGACGGGGUUGAAGACGCUUCGGAGCCGGACUGGGAAAUGA